GGGAGGAAUGUGCUAGGAAAGGGAUAUUCAAGAAAAAACAGAAAGAUUCAUCAUUGCAAAACCAUAUCAUUAAAACUAUUGAGGUCAAUCACCUGGCAAUGUGUACAAUCGCUUGUUUGGAUCAUGCGCAAUGCAAGUCAUACAAUUUCCAAGAAACAGAAAACCCUCUGAAAUCAUGUGAACUUAGUUCUUCUACUAAGGAUUCAUCAAGUUCAGACGUAAUAUCUCGACCAGGGUACUCAUAUUACGAUGCUCAGGAUGAACCUCCGUGUUACUCAUCUUGUCCAGGUGAAAAAUGUGUUUACACCUGCUCAGGGCCGCCUACUUGUAAAUGUCCCGAAAACAUUUAUUUCCCAGUUUUUCAAGGACGCCAUUGUGAAUAUCCAUAUCCAGCAUCGUGUAAAAUGGUGAAAGACAUAGGUUUAAAUAAAGGCGAUGGUGAAUAUCAGCUGUAUCUUUUACAUCCCACCUGUUCAAAACCAGCACGAGUGUAUUGUGCUGAUAUGGACACAGAGAAUCCGUUGGAAUAUGUCACAUUACCUGCUGGCAGAACAACGAACUAUGGUUUUAAUAAUCGUCCACCAGGAAAUGCUUAUACUUCGGGGCAUGGUAAAACUGGAUACGAUAAGAUUCGUCUUAAUGUGCCCUCGUUAAACGUCGCGAUACAAGACUCCAGAUUUUCUACACAAAUGGAGAGAUUUGGAAUCACUGAAGCGAAUCUCGCGGGAACUGAUUUUCAAUUUCCAUCGUCUAUUCCUUAUCACAUUGGUUCAUGGCCAACUUGUGCCCAAGUGUUGCUCAAUCCAACCAUGAGUGGAGACCGAAAAAAAUGGUCAGUUCGUUGUGGUGGUUACUGUGGGGGUUGUCAGCCUGACCCUCUUGUUCUUCAUGUUGAUGGUUGCUAA